GUUCUUCAAUGCCACUGAGACUUUGCUAAGUCUAUUGGAAUCAAAGUGGCUAGGAUCCAACAUGACCUCAAUUAUUCUCAACCAAGAAGGUCCUACUGCCCCUAAUGCCACAUAUUCUUACAGCAGUCGACCCAGAGUUGUGCCUGUCAGGAAACGAUACAGAGAGUCCACAUUAGCUAAAGAGAGUGAAGAAGGCCCUGUUCGCUAUGGGAACCUCAUGUAUGACCGCAGAGUGGUUCGAGGCAACACAUAUGCUAUUCCUGCAUUACCUUGGAGUCCUGAACCUGAUCCUGCUGAGGUUCAGAGGCGACGAGAAGCCCACAGGAAAAUGCUUGCUAGAAGGCGAUUAAAGGAAGAGAGUGAAGUACAUGCUCCAGUAAUUGAAGACGCUGGAAAACGUGUUGAUGUGCAGACAGAAUUAUACCUGGAGGAAAUUGCAGACCGCAUCAUUGAAGUGGACAUAGAGUGUCAAACGGAUGCUUUUCUGAUCAGAGCAUCCAGCCCUCUUUUCGUCCCACUGAAGACCGGGGCUGAUGUAGCCACACAAAUUGAAGAAGGAGAGCUCUUUGACUUUGACGUUGAAGUCAAACCAAUGCUUGAAGUUUUGGUUGGAAAAACGAUAGAGCAAGCUUUGAUAGAAGUCUCAGAAGAAGAGGACCUGGCCAAUCUUCAGGCACACCAGCAUGCCUUUCAGGAACUCCGCAAUGCAGAGAUCGCUGAAACGCAGCGCCUUGAAGAGCAAGAGAAGAGACACAAGGAAGAAAAGGUUCGUCGUAUGCGGCAACAGUUGGAAGAGCAAGAAAAGCAGUUUAACGUUGCUGAAAGAAUUGCUGCUCGGGCGUUUGCUCAGCAGUACUUGACAAACCUCAUUCCUUCAGCCUUGGCUAAUCUUCAGAAAAAGGGAUUCUUCUACGAUGAAACCCAGAGAGAGGUUGAGGAAGAUUUCCUUCCAUAUCUGAUGAACAAUGCAGAACAAAGAAUGGACAGUUGGCUUCUAGGAAGAAUAAUGACAGACUGUUUAAUAAAUGAGGUAGCUGGAAACAGGGUGGAUGAUUUUGCUAGUCAAGAGUUUGCACGGAAAGAGAAAAGCUGGCGGCAGAAACAAUUUGCUGGAUUUAACAAACCUAGUCACAGAAGAAGCUCCAGUAAGCCGUAAACCAGGUUGUCUCAAGACCAUUCCUUGCCCAGAGAACCAGGGAACCCGAAUAUAUACAAAAAGGUUUACUAGAAUCAUAUGAGAACAUCUACUGAAUACUGAAUUACUUCUGGUGCAAAUCAUCUUAGGGACAAGCAAUAAAUCAACUACUCCGUAUCUUCCAAAGUUUGCAAUUAUUGUGAUUUUAUUUAACUAUUUAUCUAAAGUUAUUGUAAUUUAAGUUAGAAAGAAUAUUUCCCUCUAUUUAAAAAAUUGAAAAUGUAAUUAGAGAAACCUUAAACAUAUUUAUCAAUAUACUAUUUUUAUUAAAACUAUAUUAUAUUGUUUUAUCAGUUAUACAUUUGAAUUUUAUUGUCAUUUUAUUAGAUUUUAUUUAAUGCCCUGGUGAAUCUUUCUGUAUAGAAUAGGGAUACAUAUCCUAUAAUAAAUAAAGUAAGUAUUAAUAUUACUCUUUGUUAUCUGUUUCUGAAAUAAUUUAACUGUAGUACAGACAAAAUGAAAUACUCUCCUGUUGGAAACUAUUGUCUUAUUUUGUAAAAUGCCUGUAGUUCUUCCUGAAUUAUAAUAAAAUACUUCUGUGAAAUUA